AUGACGCUGAACACUUUCCAUUAUGCUGGUGUGUCAAGUAAGAACGUAACUCUUGGUGUGCCCCGUUUAAAGGAAAUCAUCAACGUUGCAAAGAACAUCAAGACGCCUCGAUUGGAAGUCUGGUUAGACGCCGAGCGGUCGCGCAAUAUUGAACUGGCAAAGGAAGUCCAAGUCAGUUUGGAACAUACAACGCUCAAAAAGGUGACUUCAUGUGCCGAGAUCUACUACGAUCCCGAUCCAAGAAAUACCAUCAUCGAAGAAGAUGCGGACUUUGUCGACACAUACUAUCAACUGGAAGAGGAUACUGCAGCUUCGGUCACGCGCGUUUCGCCAUGGCUUUUGCGUAUCGAGCUCAACCGUGGUAUGAUGAUUGACAAGCGUCUUAACAUCACCGAGGUUGUCCAAAAGAUCUCUGAAGAAUUCCGCAACGACUUGCACGUUAUGGGCAGUGAUGAAAACUCCGAGAAGCUGAUCAUUCGUUGCCGUGUUAUGAUGGACGAGAAUGAGGAUAAGGAUAUGGACGACGACGACGGCAAGGCUGAAGAGGACACGUUCUUGCGCAAGUUGGAAGCAAGCAUGCUCAGUUCCAUCAAUCUGCGUGGUAUUCCAAGAAUUACCAAGGUUUACAUUGUGGAGCGCAAGGAAACGCGACUCAACUCACAAGGCGACUUUGAACAUGUGACUGAGUGGGGUCUUGAUACUGACGGUAUCAAUUUGCAAGAGGUCAUGUGCCAACGUGGUGUUGAUGAACGGCGAACGUACUCCAACAACACAGUGGAAAUCAUGGAGGUA